UUACGGUCAGCCCCGCGAGUUCCUUAGUCUGGUUUCUAAGAUAUGAUUCGGUCAGUAGAGUCUUAAUGCUGAGGCAAAGCAGAGAAAAUAAAAAAUAAUAAACAGUUUAGCGAGCUAAAGUUUCCCGUCGUUAACCAAACAGUAACGCCGAACCUGUUAACUUAGUUAGUUUAGCUAACUCGGGCUUGUGGUGUGGACGGAAACUCUUACCGAAGGAGGUAAACAAAGACAACGACGCGAUUAUGGAGGGUAGUGAUGGGGAUGAGAUGGAGAUGACGCCGAAGGAGCUGCAGAGGUGGAUCCGGGACAAGGUGAAGGAGAGCAAGCUGGUGGACCCGCAGGUGCUGAGGACGUGCCACCAGUUGGAGUCUGUGUUACAAAGGAGGGAGAAACAAGCCGCCGCGUUCCUCCAGCUCUGCGAGUCGGUGGCAGAAUGUGAAGCCGUCAUCAAGAAGCUGCACUGUCAGCUCGGCUGGGAGUACAGAGACUCAGACUCUGGUGAUGAGAAAAUUGACAGCAUGAAGUCCGCCAUAAAUGCUGAUUAUGAAGAUGUCCAAGACUGCGAUGAUUUGCCUCCAUCCACACAUGAGGCUGUUCCUGGUGAGUCUGCUAACGCUUCCAAUCCUGCUCCUCCGUCAUUACAACGACAAAAUGGCAAGACUCAAGAAGCAAAAGGUGGUUCCAGUUCUUUGAAGAAAACUGCAGUGGUGGUCUUGGCAAAGCUCCCUGCGUAUAAAAUACGUGCUGCUUGUCGUCGGCGAUCUAAUCUGAAUUAUAGCAGUGAAGAGGACCUGAGCAACUGUGGUUCUGACACACAGUGGGAACCAAACCGUGAUUGUAUUGAUUCCAGUGAUUCAGAUUGGUCAAGCCACAGCUUGGUGUUAAAGUCAAACAAGAAGAGAGAGAGGCAUAGGAAAACUGGAAAAUUCAGCAAGAAUAAAAAAGCAAAAGCAUCACCACAAGCAAACGCAAAUGCCAAUGUGAAUGUCAAAAUUAAUACAACCGCGCCACAAGGAACCACCAAAACCAGUGACACCGAGAAAGUCACCCCAUCACAGAUUAACACCAGUGUCACCGAGGAGGCAGCAACAAAACAAACCAAGACAACGGCAACGCUAAAUGCAGAAGAGUUAGAUGGACUUGUUGUGUCAUCAGUUUCCCAAGCGCAGCCCAGCCACACCACAAAACCCGCCAGUGACUUGCCAGAGCUGGAGAUCAAAGUUAAUAUGAAGGUCCUGGCCAUGAGGAAGACCUGCGGAUGGAAACGAGGAAAAAUAGUGGCAAUAGUGACAAAGGCCGAUGGAAAGGUGAAGUACAAGGUUGAUUUCGAAGAGAAGGCGAGGGUCCUGGUCUCUGGACACCAUAUUGCCUUUGACAUGGUCCCAGCAAUGAAGCGGCUGUACAUUGGUGCUCGAGUGGUAGCUACCCACAACCCCAACAACCAGCAGUUGUUCUCCUCUGGUAUCCUGGGAGAGAUGCCUACCAGGAUGAACCGCAUGAGGUUAUUGGUCUUUCUGGACAAUCACAAACCCUUAUAUGUUGGCUUGCCUUAUCUCUACCUGGUGUGCAGACCAUUGAAGGAUGUUUGCGAGGACAUCCCAGACAUCAGCCACAGGAAUUUCAUUAGGCAGUAUCUGCACGUGUGGCCAUUCCCGCCCUUGACCCUGUACAAGGUUGGGCAGACCAUUAAUGUUGAACAUGAAGGAACCUUGAAGAAAUGUGAGGUGAAGGUGAUCGACAGCUCCUUGAUACAAGUUGUCUUCCAGGAUGAUCAACAUGAGGAGUGGAUCUACCGAGGCUCGACACGCCUGGAACACAUAGCCAACAUUAAGAAAGAUGCGGAGAAGGAAGUAUCUGUCUCAGAGCCCAAAGCCAAGGAUAAAUAAAGGCUGUUUCAUCUAAAUAAUAAUCCAUCUUGCUUUAAUAUGACUAAUUUGUCAUGACUUUGGCUUGGAGAAAACAUUAAAGACACCAUUAUCAUCCACAAGUGAUAAUAGGAAAGAUGGCCUUUGAAUGUGUAGAGAAACAUUACCUCAAACAAAUGCAGCCUUAAGAUUUGCAAGUUGAGCACGAGUGACCCACAUCAGUUUUAUUUGUUUAUUUAUUUAUUUCUGCCCUGCCACCGCUGCAUGUGGUUAUAUGGGACAUUGUGUUCCAUAUACCGACAUAUACGACCAAGUCUUUCUGCUCAGGUUCCUGGCAAAUAUGGCAUUAAACACUACUGCAUUCAGCUUGCUUUUUAUUUAAAUGUAUUUUAAUAACAAUAUUCAUUUUCUGUCACAUUGCAUUAAAUAUAAGGAAGGAUUGUACACCAGUAGUGUGAUGGAGUAUCAACCUGUCUUUUGGGUGACUGUGCUCGCUGUUGUUAAAACAAAUGCAAGUUACACUGUUAUGUUCAGCUCAGUUGCCGAGAUGUAUUAAUGUGUUUGUAAAAGCCACGUUUAAUAUUACUGUCUGGCAUCCUUUGUAAAUGCAUCUUUCAGCUAAUAAAUUAAUCAGUUAU